AUGCGUCGUUCUACGAUCGUUCCAACCAUUACCAAUACGACGGGAAACGUUCCUUCAGCAAAUUCGCACAACAAUUUCGCUCCUUCGCCAAACCAAAUCAAAGCCGUCCAAAUGAAUCAUCUUGCUGACCAGCUGUCCCAAUUACAGGCCAAUUUGUCCCAUUUAGAGAAUCAUGUUCAUGUCACGGCCAUUCAAGCCGAAGCUAUUCGACGUAUGGGUGCUCUUCAAGCUUCUUUGUUGAUGGCUUCUGGUCGUGUCCUGUCGGAAUCCAAUACGACUUUUCGUCAAGAGGAAAAGUGA